UCCAACGACAAAUUUCGGUAAUUAUAAUUUUACUUGAUCUGUAUUAUAAAUAUUUCGCCAUGUUUUGCGCUGAAAAGAAUUCAUAUCUCCAAUUGGUGUGCGCUAUGGAGCCGCGGGUUAUCAAUAAAGCCGUGGACAGAGCUAUGGGGAAGAAGGUUCUAGACUUGCCUUGUGCCAAGUUCCACCCGCUCGGCUUAACAUCAGCUCGGCCGUCGAUAUACGCUCCACAUAUCGACAUAACACGCUCUCGACUGGGCUUCGGCCGAGUAGGCCUGAGACUGCUUAAUAGAGACUUGCACUCGCCAGACUAUCUCAUACAGCUGCAGGCGAUACAUACUAUGUUGGAUCAGGUGCAAAUAUCAGAGAACGCCAUGUUCCUUAUAAACCUGAACGUGGUCCAUCGUCUGACCGAACUCCUCGACAGCCGGGACCCGGUGAUACGAGAGAAGGUCUGCAUAAUACUAACACACUUGGCGGGGUACUACCAGGGCAGGCAGCGGAUAAGUGCUUGCCCGAAUCUGUAUUUCAGACUCAUGUGGCUUUGUAUCAGAGACAAGAAAGAAAUAAGAUUCGCCGCAGCAUACACAUUUAGAACGCUUUGCAGGGAUCGCUGCGCAUGCGAGGCAAUAUGCAAAGUUGACGAUCUAAUCGAGAACAUGCUUAAAAUCGUCCAAAACGAGUUUACAGGAAUCGUCCUAAUACAUUUGAAGAGUAUGAAGAAUCUCUUUGAAUACGACCCCAUCGUGCCGCUGAAAGCGAACGCGUUCCAAGUAAUGUUCGGUUUAUUUAAAAAUUCUGAUCCUAGAAUAGUUUCGGAGGCAAUGGAGUGUAUGUCACAGCUUUGUAAGCACGACGUCGGUAAAAUUUUAGCUGACAAAUAUGAUUUGACAUUCUUUUUACGUCCAUACAUGAAGUGCGAUAAUUAUGACGUAGUGAUGAGCGCCGUCGGACUGCUGUGUUAUACGACUUUGACGAAGCGAUCGAAAUGGCGCGCUAAAGAGGUUACGAGGGAGCUGACGGUUACUUUGAUGCAUUUGUGUCAUGCGCCUUCGAUGCCUUUGCUACAGUUGAGAUCUAUACAAGCCUUGAUAAACCUUUGCGACUGUCCUGAUAUAAGGAAGCACGUGAGACAGUUGUGGAAACGUAAAGUUCAGCUGAUCAUGAUAAGGACUCAUGAAGAAUGGGACGGGACUAUGGAGACGACUAGUAUGGGGUUGGAGACGGGACAUAAUUAUAGGACCAUGUGCAUCGAGCUCACGGAGACCAUUAAGAAUGAUUACGGAGAUAACGCGGAGGUGGUGAACGUGCAUAGUUACUUGAGGCGGUUGCAGGAGAAGAAGAACCAGCUGUUGAAGAUUAUCGAUAGCACACCAUACUCUUAGAAAGGUUUUUUUAAUAUUGUAUGAGUUUGCGAUUUGUAAAAAGUUACUUUCAAAGUAUUAUAUUUAAUUUUGUUGCCAUAAAUUACGUGUGGUAAAAAUAUACGUAUCUGA